AUGGUGAGAGGCGGCCAGGAGCGCUCUGACGGGCACAGCCUCACUUGCUGCUGCCUCUGCCUGGGAAGAAAUGGAUGUGAGAGGAGGAGGAAGCAGCUCAGGCCUGAUGCAGAGGACAGUUGGCCCUUGGAAGAGCAGGAAGCACAGAAAGUGGCCCUGCAGCCAGUGGAGUGCGUGCUGCUUCAAUGUCCCCGUGACCUCUUCCUGCCCCCUCAGUGCCCAUCCUUGUCCUCACAGCUGGCCCUGGUGUCUGGUUUUGGAUUCUCUGCCUUUGAAGUGGGAAGGAGAGUGGAGAGUGUGGAUAUGUUCUUGCUGUACAAGGGGCUGGUGGUUGCCCCUGUGCCUCUGACUCUGACCCUGCUCUGGGGUUCAGUGCUGGCCCAGUGCCAUCCUCAGGGCACCCAUGGCUUGUUUGUGUCCUCUGUCCCAACAGUGAGUGGCAGCAGUGGAGGGCAAGGGGCCAGUGUGAGCCAGAGGUUCAGCAUUUCCCCAUCCUGCUGCUGCCUGGACACUGUGCAGGAAGAGCGCAGGAAAACAAACAAGGUCCUUGACCCUCCUGAAACGAAGGAGGGGAAUUGCCCAGGGAUGCACAGGGGGAAUUGCAGCCUAUCACCUCUGGCUGUGCACGGCCACCGCUGCCUGACCCCGGGGCUGCAGUCCCUGACCGGAGGUGCCACCUUAAUCCGGAUCAGUGGGAGCUCUGCCGAGUGCCCGCGCAGCCCCGUGGCAGUUCCCUGCCUGGCUGUACCCACAGCCCAUCAAGAACCAGCCAGGACACGGGCACAGCCCCACAGGAGCCUGGCCCUGGGCAUGUUCUGCGCCGAGAGUGGAGCACAAACACUUCCCUACCAGCAGAACCCCUACACCCCUGGGAGCAGCUCCUCUGCCAUCCAGUGCUAUCGCUGUGGGGACACCUGCAAGGGCGAGGUCGUGCGUGUGCAGAGCAACCACUUCCACAUCCGCUGCUUCACCUGCCAAGUGUGCGGCUGCGACCUGGCCCAGUCGGGCUUUUUCUUCAAGAACCAGGAGUACAUCUGCACCCACGACUACCAGCAGCUCUACGGGACCCGCUGUGACAGCUGUGGGGACUUCAUCACCGGCGAGGUCAUCUCUGCCCUGGGCAGGACCUACCACCCCAAGUGCUUCGUCUGCAGCACCUGCAGGAAGCCGUUCCCCAUCGGAGACAAGGUGACGUUCAGCGGGAAGGACUGCGUCUGCCAAAACUGCUCCCAGUCCCUGCUCAGCACCAAGCCCAUCAAGAUCCACGGGCCCAGCCACUGUGCUGGCUGCAAGGAGGAGAUCAAGCAGGGCCAGUCGCUGCUGGCCCUGGAGAAGCAGUGGCACGUCAGCUGCUUCAAGUGCCAAACGUGCGGGAUCAUCCUCACCGGCGAGUACAUCAGCAAGGAUGGCAUCCCGUACUGUGAGUCCGACUACCACGCCCAGUUCGGCAUCAAGUGCGAGACCUGUGACCGCUACAUCAGUGGCCGUGUCCUGGAGGCAGGAGGGAAGCACUACCACCCCACCUGUGCCAGAUGUGUGCGCUGCCACCAGAUGUUCACAGAGGGAGAGGAGAUGUACCUGACAGGCUCUGAAGUGUGGCACCCCAUCUGCAAGCAGGCAGCCAGAGCAGAGAAGAAGCUGAAGCACAGACGGACUUCAGAAACCUCCAUCUCCCCCCCUGGCUCCAGCAUUGGCUCCCCAAAUCGUGUCAUCUGCGCUAAAGUGGAUAAUGAGAUCCUUAAUUACAAAGACCUGGCAGCUCUUCCCAAGAUUAAAGCCAUCUAUGAAGUGCAGCGUCCUGACCUCAUUUCCUACGAGCCCUAUCACAGAUACACGUCGGAUGAGACGCUGGAGAGAUAUAGCUAUGGGGAGUCCCUGGGGACCCUCUCCCCAUAUUCACAGGACAUCUACGAGAGCUUUGACACACGGCAGAGACGAGCCUCCAGCCCUGGCUACAUCGACUCCCCCACCUACAGCCGCCAGGGCAUGUCCCCCACCAUCCCCAGGUCCCCCCACCAUUUCUACCGCUCAGGCACCGAGAGCGGGCGCAGCUCCCCAUACUAUAGCCAGUUAGAUGUGAGGUCCUCCACUCCAACCUCAUACCAAGCACCCAAGCAUUUCCACAUCCCAGCUGCUGGUGAGAGUAACAUCUACAGGAAGCCCCCCAUCUACAAGCGCCACGACAUCCCCUCCGCAGCCACGAAAAGCAAAACCAGCGAGGACAUCGCGCAGUCAUCCAAGUACAGCCCCGCCUAUUCCCCAGAUCCCUACUACCACUCUGAGUCGGAAUACUGGUCCUUCCAAAGCUCACCCAAAGCUCCCCGGGCCCGCAGGUUCUCGUCAGGUGGCGAGGAGGAUGGGUACGACCGGGGCAUGCACAAGAUCCAGAGUGGCAUCGGGAGGCUGAUCCUGAGGGAGGAGAUGAAGGCUCGGUCCAACUCCUACGCAGACCCCUGGACGCCCCCUCGCAGCUCAGCCAGCAGCAGAGAGGCCCUGCACACAGUGGGCUACGAGGGCUCCCUCAAUGGCUCUCCCCGAACCCACUACCUGGCCGACAGCGAUCCCCUCAUUUCUAAGUCGGCCUCCCUUCCUGCCUACAGGAGGAACGGGCUGCACAGGCCUCCCAGCGCGGAGCUUUUCCACUACGACAGCACGAAUGCAGUCAACUGGGGGAUGAGAGAGUACAAGAUUUACCCCUACGAGCUGCUCCUGGUGAAGACGAGGGGGAGGAACCAGCUGCCCAAAGAUGUGGACAGGACUCGGUUAGAGAGACACCUAUCCCAGGAGGAAUUCUACCAGAUCUUCGGGAUGACCAUCGCCGAGUUCGACCGCCUGGCGCUGUGGAAGAGGAACGAGCUGAAGAAGCAGGCCCGGCUGUUUUAA